CACCCCUCUCCUGUAACAACAGCUGAAGGAACGCGAGGCUGCAGGUGAAGGUGCUGGUUAAAAUAAGAUGUUACCCUUAUCUAUUAAAGAUGAUGAAUACAAACCUACGAAGUUCAAUCUGGUCCUCAAACUCUCCGGAUGGUUCAGAUCGAUUCUGGCUGACAAGACAUCACGGAAUUUAUUUUUCUUCCUGUGCCUGAAUUUGUCCUUUGCGUUUGUGGAGUUACUGUACGGCAUAUGGAGUAACAGUUUAGGGCUGAUAUCAGACUCCUUUCACAUGUUUUUUGACUGCACAGCCCUUCUGGCAGGUCUUGCAGCAUCAGUAAUUUCACGGUGGAGGUCCAAUGACUCCUUCUCAUAUGGUUAUGUGAGAGCAGAAGUACUGGCAGGUUUCGUCAAUGGCCUCUUCCUCAUUUUCACUGCGUUUUUUAUCUUCUCAGAAGGAGUGGAGAGAGCGUUAGAGCCUCCAGAUGUGCAUCAUGAGCGCUUGCUCCCGGUGUCCAUCGCAGGGCUCCUCGUCAACCUUGUCGGCAUCUUUGUGUUCCAGCACGGAGGACACGGACACUCUCAUGGUGGAGAAGAUCAUGGGCACAGCCACUCUCUUUUUAACGGCAGUGUGGGCCAUGGGGGACAUGGACACAGCCACGGGGGACAUGGACAAAGCCAUGGUGGACAUGGACACAGCCACGAUUCUAAACAUGGGCCCGGUCACGGACAUGAACACAGUCAUGCUCACGGGCAUGAUCAUGGACAUGGUCAUUCACAUGAAUCUCACUGCCAUGAUGACCACUUGCACAUUCCAGACAGAGGUUCCAGCAAACAGAUCUUACAAGGAGUUUUUCUCCACAUUGUUGCUGAUACAUUGGGAAGCAUCGGUGUCAUCAUCUCAGCCUUCCUGAUGCAGAAGUAUGACCUGAUGAUUGCUGAUCCGAUCUGUUCCAUGCUCAUCUCCAUUCUCAUAGGCGUCAGCGUGGUUCCUCUGCUGAGGGAGUCCAUUGGGAUCCUGAUGCAGCGAACUCCACCUGCUCUUGACCAAACCCUUCCUGAGUGCUACCAGAGAGUGCAGCAGCUGCAGGGUGUGUAUAACUUGCAGGAAACACACUUCUGGACACUGUGCACUGACGUCUACAUCGGCACGCUGAAACUCCUCGUGGCUCCAGAUGCUGAUUCCCGAUGGAUCCUCAGUCAGACGCACAACAUUUUCACACAGGCAGGAGUAAGGCAGUUGUACGUUCAGAUAGAUGUGGCGGCCAUGUAGGAGAUACCCUGAUUCAGGAGUCCUGGGACCAAAGCCCUCUGUGCUGCUACACGAAGCUCAUCACCAAACCCAGCCCCAUUUUGCCCGUUCUCUUAAUUUCACUGGGUUUCCCGACGUCGUCAUCACCCAGUCGGCCCAAUCUGGAGCGGCCGCCGUACAGUACAGUACAGUACAAUAUACUGACUCCAGGUUUUUUCAGAGUUUGUUUUUUCCAGGAAAACCAAGCAAAGUGAAGACUACAUUUGGGCCUUUUUUUUUUAUAUAUCCCUUAAAGACUUUAGUCUGUAUUCAGUGUCCUCUCCUUGUCAGAAUGAGGUUUUAAUUUUGUUUGUUUAAGAAGGAAAAGUCUAACAGUAUGUGAAGUGAAUCAUCUCUAGUAUUUUCUUAGUGGUCUGGUGUCUUUGCAGCAGCAGAUGUCGAUCACUCGUAUUGUUCCGCACUUCAGUUCAGCAUCACGCUUUGAUCUCUUAAGUGCCUUUCCCUCCCUGUGGAUCUCUCGGACAAUCUCACACACAUCUCCUUCAUCAGUCAUCUGGAAAAUCAUGGGUUAUUCCAGUUUUGACAUUCCCUCUGUUUUGUUUUUUACUGCAUGUUGUUCACUGAUUAUUUCUCAAAUCUCUGCUCAUGUAAAACUGGAUGAAACACCAGCUUAAUUCAGCCAUAUCUGAUGAGCCACUUAAAUGUGAGAGGUCCAUAAUUUAACUGCCCAUAUGGAUUUUUUUUUAAAAAAGAAACACAUCUGUGCCACAGGCCAGUACAUUUGUGCAAUUCAAUAAAUUAUAUUGUCAUCCGA